AGCAGUUUAUAGCUCUCAGCACAAGCUAUCCUUUCCACUACUCUGGCAGAUCGCUGUUAGCUUUCCCGCCGAGAUCCGGAGCUCUCCUCCAGCUGUUGGAGGAAAGACAGGAAAGAGCUUAUUUUUCUUUUGAAAUACCUUGGCACAACCAGCAAGGGAACAUCUUGUCGAACAUUUAAUAGAGAGUUGAAAAGUGAAAUAAUUUUAAUUCAUUGCAAAGGGCCCUUUGAUUCGGGGUUUUGUUUUUCGCUCCCGCCCCCUGCCCCGUUUCUAACUCUCAAGUCAACCGAGCCCAAACAUGGUGAUGUUCAAGAAGAUCAAGUCUUUUGAGGUGGUCUUUAACGACCCCGAAAAGGUGUACGGCUGUGGGGAGAAGGUGGCUGGCCGGGUGAUAGUGGAGGUGUGUGAAGUCACUCGAAUCAAAGCUGUCAGGAUCCUGGCUUGUGGAGUGGCCAAAGUCCUGUGGAUGCAGGGAUCCCAGCAGUGCAAACAGACCUUGGACUACCUGCGCUAUGAAGACACUCUUCUCCUGGACGACCACCCAACAGGGGAGAAUGAGAUGGUGAUCAUGAGACCUGGAAACAAAUAUGAAUACAAGUUUGGCUUUGAGCUUCCUCAGGGGCCUCUGGGAACAUCUUUCAAAGGAAAAUAUGGGUGUGUAGACUACUGGGUGAAGGCUUUUCUUGAUCGCCCAAGCCAGCCAACUCAAGAGACAAAAAAACACUUUGAAGUGAUGGAUCUAGUGGAUGUCAAUACUCCUGAUUUAAUGGCACCUGUGUCUGCUAAAAAGGAGAAGAAAGUUUCCUGCAUGUUCAUUCCUGAUGGCCGGGUGUCUGUCUCUGCUCGAAUCGACAGAAAAGGGUUUUGUGAAGGUGAUGAGAUUAACAUCCAUGCUGAUUUUGAGAAUACAUGUUCCCGCAUUGUGGUGCCCAAAGCUGCCAUUGUAGCCCGCCACACUUACCUUGCCAAUGGCCAAACCAAAGUACUGACCCAGAAGUUGUCAUCGGUCAGAGGCAAUCACAUUAUCUCAGGAACCUGUGCAUCAUGGCGUGGCAAGAGCCUUCGGGUGCAGAAGAUCAGGCCUUCUAUCUUGGGCUGCAACAUCCUUCGAGUUGAAUACUUCUUACUGAUCUACGUUAGUGUCCCUGGCUCCAAGAAGGUCAUUCUUGACCUGCCCCUGGUAAUUGGCAGCAGGUCAGGCCUCAGCAGCCGGACGUCCAGCAUGGCCAGCCGAACCAGCUCCGAGAUGAGUUGGGUAGAUCUAAACAUCCCUGAUACCCCCGAAGCUCCUCCGUGCUAUAUGGAUAUCAUUCCUGAAGAUCACCGAUUGGAGAGCCCCACCACUCCUCUGCUAGAUGACACAGAUGGCUCUCAAGACAGCCCUAUCUUUAUGUAUGCUCCUGAGUUUAAGUUCAUGCCACCACCUACUUACAGUGAGGUGGAUCCCUGCAUCCUCAACAACAACGUGCAGUGAACAUGUGGAAGGAAAGAAGCAGCUAUACCUACUUCUUUCUUUUCACCUCUCUUCCUGGACUGACUUUUUAGGAGACUCAACAGUCUCUGCAGUGGGGUACAGAUCCACCCCAGCCUCUGACUCUCCGGUGUAGGAGGUGAUCAUCAGGCAAUCUCCUGGGCCUUAAAGGGUGCACAGUCAUCCUCAGCCAGUGAGAUGUUGUGACAAGGGUUUUUUUGCUGGAUGGGUUUAAAAACACAGACAAAUUUAAGCCCAUUCCAUUUUCUCCGAUCUUUUUGAGAAUUGAGGCAUUUUAAAUAAGGGGUAGAAAUGGCCUCCUGGUGUGGUCUUCCCAAGGUUUUAUGGAGGGGAUUUCAGACUGUUAUAACAAUAGAUCUUGAACCUCUGCCAUGUGGAGGAAAGCCAAUUUAGCAAACUAGAAGAAUGAAAAGGAAAAAAAUCAUGGCCAAAACUUUGGGAAAAGGAUGUUCUUAAAAUCAUUGUUCCCCUUUGUUUGUGCACUUAUAGAUAAAAGAAAACAAAAAAGAAAAACCCUCCAGAGCUUAUUUGGUUUAGACUUUGGAGUGAGCUUCCCAUGUGAAUUAAAGGGAAGAAGCUCCAAGGUUGUCUUUGUUUAGAAAGUGCUUUAAUGUGGCGUAAAGCAGUAGUAACUAUGCCCCACCAAAGGUCUUAAAAAGCCAUUUUUAGAGCCUAUUGCACUGUGUUCUUCUGUUGGCAAACAUUUUCAUGUGGGAAAAAUGUGUUUUUCUUCUCACAUGACUCCUUGGAAUUGAUUCUGAGGUGAUGGUCUUAGCACUUUAGUUUGUGUCAAAUUUUUUUCCCUCUAUCUCAGAUGUAAGCCAAAAUUGGUCUACUGUGUCUCUGGGGUAAGCACAAUGACAAAAAAAAAAAAAAAAAAGUGUUUCUCACUACUUUUGAGACUUUGUCCCAGUGUACAGAAUUCUGCAAUUCUGACACUCUCAUUAUAUGAAAAGGGUUGCUGCUAUCACCCUUGCCCACUGUGACAUCUCCAAAGCCAAGGAAGAACUCUUGAUCAAAAUGCCCCAACACUGUGAUUAGAGCAUCCAGAUGGUGCCAUGAGAAACUAGAGGGCAGGUCUUCACAAAAGCCCCUAGGGCUCCCUUCCUCCCCCGUGUUAGGAGACAGGGAUGUAGAUAGCCCCUCUCUCACUGCAGCCACCAGCACUUGGUCAGUCAUUCUCAGCCUUAGCACUUUGUUCGCUGUCCUGUGUCAGAGCCCUGAGCUCUACCCUCUCCUGAGAAAGUAUGUGGGCUAAAAGUGGUGUCAUUUUUUGUUGUUGUUGUUUUUUAAUUGUAUAUCUUUUUGUAUGACAAAAACUAUAUUUUGUACUUAACCAGAUAUAUUUUUCACCCCAGGUGGGGGUAUUCUUUGUAAAAAAGAUAAAUAAAGUUUUUUUAAUGGAAAAAA